UGUGGUAAUUUUGUGUGAGUUUCGCACUUGAUUUCUUAAAAAAUCUGGAAUAAAAACCAGAAAAUGAUUAACACUCAAUAAUUUAUCAGUCCUUAAAUCACUAAAUACAAGUGCGCUGUGUUGAACUUGUAACCAUUCCUUUUUAACCCGGGAAACAAUAAGGCUCGUUGGUAUGCCCGGAGGAUGUCGACGUCUCGUUCGCGGGACUCAUCCCGUAUCCAAGUCCUAGCUCCUAUGUCCGAGAGACAACAGCUAGCACUCGUGAUGCAGAUAUCAUCCCGAGAAGCCCAACCAGCCGCUCCAGUCCCGCCCAGCCCCCCUCCAGUGAAGAAACGUUCCAAACAUCAUCGUAGUGAGCGGUCUGGGUCAUCACAUCACUCAUCAAGAAGUCAUGGUCACAGUAAGAAACACGGACAUCAUGGGCGCUCUCAUGGAGAUAGCGCGAGAUCAUCACAUUCAAGUCGAUCAAGGGAUGACAGUGGCAAGAAAGGUGGCAAUGCAAGUUCACACAGUGACAGCUCAAGCAAACGCAGCAACAUGGACGGCCUAGCCCAGGGCGAACACUUCGAUAGCAAGGAGAAUUCUUCACAGGAUAAGAGUAGUGCUGACAGUAGAGAUGGUAAAAAUUCGGGAGGAGCCCAACUUAGUAGUGGAGUUGUGUCCUCUACUCAAGAUGAGUCCAGUGGGUCUUCUAAGAAAACGUACGGCGACGAGAGUCAAGAGGCGGAAGCAGCGGAAGAUGAGGUCUCCAAGAGGAAGAAGAGGAAAGAAAAUGACGACAAGGAACCCAUGGCAAAGCCGGCUCCGGUAGCUCGAGGCGGCCCCGGGCGGGUUCUCACCGGCUCCAAACCACCGGGCCCGGCGAGCAAAACCGGCGUGUCACAGCUAGGCAAGGGCAGCUCUUCGCAAAGCUCGAGCAAGAGCAGCUCCAGCUCCAAAGGUCUGCAAUCCCAGGGCAAAGGCGGCGGCAAGGUCAGCACACAGGGCACUCAUCAGGGUAAAUCCUCUGGGUCGAAGAGCUCGGGACAGUCGAGCAAGCAAGACAGGAAGAGCCCCGUGGCGAGCCCGAAGCCGCACGGGAAAGACAACACGGACGACGGGGACGAGCCGAAGAGCGAGACCGCCGCGCCCAAGGUGCCGCCGCUCAAGAUCGUCAUCCCGGGAGGGGCCAGUAACUCAGGAAACAGGAAUGAGCAAGAAGGUGAUGGGGGUUCCGGCCAGCGCGGCGGCGGCAAGGGACGCGGGAGCGUGUCCACCUUGCCCUACGUCAUCCCUUGCACCAGCGCCGACGCCGGCCAGACCUCCGACAGCUCCGAUGGAAUAUGCGAGGAAAAGCGCUCGGGCGAAGGCGGAAAGGCUGGACAAAGGGUACUGCGUUCGCAUAGGACAAACGAUGGUGAUAAGGACAAGGAGAGAGCGUCCCCGCACACGGGCUCUGACGGCCGGGGGGGACAGAGUCACUCGGCUUUGAAUUCCAAUAAAAGUCCCACACCAUCCGGCUCUGCACGAUCGAAGGGGCAGGAUGCAGACCACUCGACGGGCGGCGGGAGAUCUGAGUCAAAUACAUCGGUAGAACUACACCCGAGGAAGAGGAAGAUCAAAGCCUCUAAGGACAGCCACUCGCGGGACAAUUCGAAGAACGACGCGUCCGAGAGCAGCUCUGCUAGUCACAACAUAACCCAUUCGAACCCUUAUCAAAUGUAUCUGCAUAUUCGUAAACAGAUUGAUAAGCGUCAAAAGGGGUUAUUCCCUGUGAAGCCGAAGCCGCCAAAGGAUUUCAACAAAUACCUGAUGAAUCGCUGCACUUACACGCUCCAAAGCAAUGUGAAUCCUGAGCCUCAGAUCGAGAUACCAAUCAACCUCCCAUCUCAGAUGGUCAACGAAUUUACGACCCAGGAAAAAGAAAGAACUCGACUGCGUAUACAACACCUGGUGGAGAAAGAAAAACUUGUGCUGGCUGUCGAACAAGAGAUUCUGAGGGUGCACGGGCGCGCCGAGCGUGCCGUUGCGAAUCAAGCUCUUCCUUUCUCCGUGUGCACAAUGCUGCGUGACAACGAGGUGUACAACGUGUUGGCCCCCGAGCAGGAGGAGAAACGGAACGCGCAACGAUCCCGCUGCAACGGCAGACAGAUCAACUCCUGGCUGCAGGAAGUCGACGACAAGUGGGAAAAGAUUAAAGUCGGCAUGCUUCGACGCCAGCACACGGAAGCAGAGACUCUGCACGCAGUCCAGAUGAUGGGAUGGGAGUGGAAGCUCAAGGAACUGGGCAUAUGCGACUACAAGACAACGCCCAAGAUAGACCCGACGCAUGUGCCUCAAAUUCAUGUGUCGAAUUUUGAUUUGCCCGCUUGAAUUUUAUGUACAUGUUGCCUAAGUUUAUGUAAAGUUUUCACGUAUAUCGUGAAAACAUAUAAUUAGGAUUGUUUAAUCAUUUUUCUCGUCUAGGGUCGAUUAUAUUAAACUGACAGCUUUAUUACAGUAAACCUCUGGUUUAUCUAAACAUGGACACGUUAUUUGCCGUCCAUUCGCAAUCGGAUGUUUUAUGUAAUUGUCAGUUUAAAAUAAUUUACUCAAGUAGUAGAAGAGAAAAUGAUUUUAAACUGUCCUAUAAUGUUAGAAUUUUAUUUGGUUUCUUAAAAAUGUAUAACAUCGAUUGGAUUUGCCACUCAAGCGGAGCUACAAAAUUGGAUUAUCUUUCAAUUUUCGGCUGUUGCCGAGCCUUCUCCCACGCUCCUUUUUCGGUAAUGAAUGAUUCGCUCACUUCAAAUACGAUAUUCUUUACCAUCGUCUUUUCCUCCACCUUAAGAUUCCAAGAUACACAUGCGCAUCAUGCGUUGUUAAAAAGUAAUAAUUGGCGUUCAGUAGGCCUAAGAUGCGCGCCGUGAUAGGCGGUUAUCACGCCAUUUUAUCGAUUUUGCCCAUACAAAUUGACGUCGAUAAAAGUUAUCACGGCGCGCAUCUUAGGCCUAUAGCACUCGUUACGAUACGAAUUCAGUAGGAGUAGAUUGGUAUUGUAAUAUCAUAUUGGUCCACAAUUCAACUCGUGGAGGACAAAACCUAUUGACGUUAAAAUCAGUGGAGAAGAAGCAGUGUUUAAUUUGUUUUUAACACAGGAGAUAAGGAUGACAAAAAUCUCAAAAUCAAGAAUCAUUCAUUCUCGAAAGAAGGUUUCUUUUUAAUUUUAUUAUUAUGAGUUGGUAAUUAAUAAUGUUAUAUGUCCUGUCCGACUAUUGGACUAUCACGAAGGACAACUUUAUUUGACCCCGAGAUAUUUUUUCAUACUUAUUGUAAUUAAUUUUAAUUAUGAUGUUGACAUUCUUCUAAAUGUAAUUAUUAUCGAUUUAUUGACAUUGACAUUUUAUCAUGGAGUAUUUCAAAAUGACUUGAUUUAUUUUCUAUUUUGUAAUAAUAUUGGUUAAAAUGUGAUGUAAACUAUAUACAUUUUAUAAAAUUUUAUCUUCGAAAAGAAAAGGUCCAACUCAUAAUCAAUUGGGACUAAAUGAGUAUCUUUGUUUCAUUACGAUUUUUUCAGUCUAUAACACACCAUGGGGUACAUUGAUUUCAGCAUUGAGCUUUCGGUGGGGUAAAAUGUGCAUUAUAAUGAAACUACUGAUAUCCAUCUAGUCCUAAUCGUUUUUGGGUUCAUCUCUUUUCUAUAUAAAAAUUAAAGUAGACUAUAAUGAGAAAACAGGGAUUUAAACAUAAGGAUAGCGAGCAUUAUGAUGGAAUCAGACAGGGUUUAUGUACUUUGUCUGCUCGGAGCGCUGAUGGUAUAAGCUUAUUGUAGUCUUUUUCAAUUGUAAUUGCUAUUGUCAACUAGUGUUUCCAUUUCUUUACAUUUCCUAAAUAACAUCAGUGUACAUCGUAAUUUCACUCGUGUGGAAUAAUGAUGUAUACUUACAAUCCUUGAAAAUUUAUUUUAAAGUAAAUAUUAAUGUUAAAAUCAAAUGUUUAAUUCUUUUCAUAUUAUUAUGAAUUAUGUUUUGUGUAUUGUUUUUUGUUGUUAAUUACACUUUUCUUAAUAAUAUUAUUUUAAGUUGUAUUGAGUACUUCACUACAUACACAUCACGUAGAUUAAGUAUUUCAUUGAAAAAUAAGUCGAGACUAUGUAAAUAAUAAUAAUUAUUGUUUCCUUGCAAAAUAUUAAUUUGAAUCAAGAUAUUUUUAAAGUAAGAUUUUGUAACUGGUGUACGUUAAGUAGGUAUGCAUAUGAUUGCACAUCUUUUGAAAUUUAACAUUUCAAAGGAAAACUCCAGAUUCCUUAUUAAUUAAUAAUGAAAUAAUUAUUAUUUUGUUACUUAAUGCAAUCUUUCAUUUUCUUUUGUACUAAUUAAGUGAGCAUUUAUGAAAGUAUUGUGUAAAUUAUAUUUAUUUUAUGUAUUUUAUUUUGUAAGAUAAUCAGUUUGUCAUCAGACUAUUGACUAUUUCUGUGAUGUUAACUUGGUCUAUUUCAUUUUUGAGCAAAGUAAUAAAUGUACUAAUAUCUUGACGUGAAAAGAAUCUGCAGUAAUCCACAGUCGUAGGUAAUGUAUUUUUACUUGACUUGAAUAUUGUACCUUCAGUUAGUACUAAGUGAUCAUUUCUUUAUA